UGUUGGCUACAUUCGCAAUGUGUACAUACAUACGACAAAACCCUAGCAUAUGGAACAGAUUGGAAAAUCUGUCAAACUUUACGUACUAUUAUUUAAUUACAAACUAACUAUAACCAAUCAGUAUUGGCAGACUAACCCAACAUUUAAAUAUCUAAGAGGGGGUGAUGUACGGGUAACUCAAUUGAAGUGCAGUGUAAACAAAAUAAUUGUGCCUCUUUAAAUUUGGACAAUAAUAUAAUAACACAAAAUUGUAACAUGAGAGAGUUCAACACUUUAAUGCUAUCUAGACACGAAACGUACUUUACAAAACUUGAUACAUCAUUAAUAUUUCAUCAUAAUAAGUAAGCAUCCCCCUUUUAAAUGGUUUGUUUGUAAUAAUAAGAAGAAUCAGGAAAGUUUUCUUUAUUCUUUCCUCGUACUUGCCAAGAAAGAAGAAAUUGAUGAAAUAAAAUAUUCAUGCAUUAUUAUAUUCAGUGAGAGUUCGUAAAUAAAGUGAGUGAGUUAGUGAGUUAUCCUCCUUCUGCCCUUCACCUCGAGAUGGUUUCUUAUAGAUAAGCGUUUCUUUCAAGUGUUAUGCAUGCAUCGUCGGUUCGUCGCCGACUUGUUAAAACAAGUUUAGUGGAGUGGAUGGAUUAUUAAAAGUGAACGGAUCAAUACCCCACAAAAGUCUGUCAUCAUAUACAAACAUACACAUAAAACAAGAAACGUUUAAACCAACAACGCUAUAUAAAUUAUACAAUACAAUAACGCAAACUCACCAAGUUCUCAAAUAGAAAACAUUCAUUCGUGUCGUACUAUUUCCAAUUGGAGGUGACGAAUAAUUUUCUGUCGUGUUGUUCACACAAUACAUACAUCAUCCACGUCUGGAUAAAAUUAUACUAAUUUUUUUCCCUUUUAACCACGUACCUAUUACCUUCUGGGCCAACUUUAAUAAUAAUCUGGCUGGUCCAUGUUUAUGGAUUAGUUUCAGUCAGGCAGGCAUCCAUAAUACGAAAUCAUUCUUCUAAAUCUAUUUGCGCAGAACUUUAUCAUCUAACCGUGUUACUUUAGUUCAAUAGCAUUAUUAUUAUUAUAGCAUCGUCAUAUCCACACAACAAAUCCGAUUGCAUUACAAUAAUAAUUACAACUCGAUGCUGCGAGCUGCGACUACAAAAUAGGUUUAUUACAUUUACAUACGUGGCUGUUCCUGCCUAUUACAAAAGGCCCGCACAAUGCAACUUGAGGAAUAAAAUAACAAUAAUAAAAGUGACAUAACUUAGCAUCCCAAGUCGUACUUAUAACCAACCAACCUUCCAUCUCCCCUCCGAAUAAAAUUUUAUUUAACUAUCAAAUCUAUCAGCAGCAGAAGAACAUUAACUAUUUGACUUACAAAUAGGUAGCAAAGAAUAAGAAGCGAUUACCGGCGCAUGCAAAAUAACCAAUUCAGUCACGUAUCACUUUUCUAUAUACACUUUUUUCUGCUUAUGUAUUUGGAACAAAAGGAAUACAUAAAAUAGAGUGACUCAUUUCUACAAUUAGUAGAAUUACCUGUCAUUUGUUGACAGAUACGGGUCUCAUUUAAAAUCUCGUUACAGAACUAGAAAGCAGGUGGUUGGUAACAUAGAGAAAUAAAAUUAAAAACCAAAACAACCAAGAAGGAACACAACAGGGAAUGAACAUUCUUGUAAAAAUUCAGACAAAGAAUGGUUAUUAGUGACACCGUUGUGGAACGCUGCCAAUUUAGAAUAGUCAGAACACUCACCGUCAAAAAUGGACAUUGCAAAACUACAUGACUUGAAAUUAACGGAUUCAGGUCCGAUUUCUCAUCACCAUCGGCAAAAUAGGAGCUACAGCAGUGUGGGAAUUAGUGGAAGCCUUGAUAAUGAGGGCAUUUUGGUCAUAAACCGCAAUUUAAAUUAUUAUAAUAAUCAAGACCAGGACGUGUCUCAUCUUCAGCAACUGCAGCAAGAUUACUGGGGAGUAGGAAGGGACGAGCAGGAGAAGAAUGGCAGAUCGAAUCAUAAUAUAGAGUUUGCCAGUUCCAAAUUAAACUCUCAAGAAAACUUCAGAAAUCAACAGCUUCGUGGACACAACGAGAACAAUGAGACAGCUUUAAUUUUGACUCCUAUCCUCCGAGAAACAAAGAAAUCCAUUGAGAAUCAGCAGCAACAGUCUUUGCCUCUUGAGAACGCUGCCGAGCUUUCACUCUGCAAGGAAAAGUACUUUCUCCAUGAUCAACAGCACGGAGACAAUGUCAAUUAUUAUCACCAACAAUACCACCAAAAUGGUGGCGAGAAAGUAUUGGAUGGUGAUGACAAUAAUUGCAAUCAUAAACUAGGCAGCCAUCAUAAUACGUCAUGGGAUCGGAUUUUCCAGUGUUUCAGCGUAUUUAAACCGAGAAAGAUUUCGUCCGCAAAUCCAAACUCCACAUUAUGCGCUGAACUAAAAGAAACUAAAACAGAGGUUUCGGAUAAAUUCCAAAAUCCACAAUUGCGAAAAACCAUGACAGAUUUGGACUUGUAUCUCCAGGAAUUGGCAGAUGCAUCCGAAAUUCUGGACAGAGCGGACACAGCAAAUUUGGGAAAAAACUUUCCACCCAGGGCUAUCGGAAAUUCAUGGGAGAAGACAUUCUCCACAACGACUGAUGGAUUUUCGUUGCAUAAUUUGUACAGAAAACUUGAUGGAUUUGAUUCUCCGGUGAUAUUUGUUAUUGAAGAUAUAGAAAACAGGGUGUUUGGUGCGGUACUAUCGUGCGGUUUUAAAGUGUCUGAAAAUUUUUAUGGAAAUUGUGAAACAUUUUUAUUUCGAUGUCGCCCCGAGUUUGAAGUGUUUAAGUGGAGUGGAGACAAUUUUUACUUUAUCCAAGGUCAAGAUAGUUUCAUAAGCGUGGGAUGCGACGAUGGGAGACAUGGCCUGUGGCUCGAUGAUAAUUUAUUUCUAGGAAGAACAGAAAAAUGCUCAACCUUCAAUUCACCACCGCUAGUCCCUGAACAGGAUUUCAAAAUUAAGACUGUUGAAUGUUGGACAGUGGGCUUGUAUUAAAUUAUGCCGAGAACAGUAUUGGUAAAAAGAAAGAACUGGUUCAGUCAAAAAUAAUACUUUGGUGCUGCUGUUGUACAUAACUACCUAAAUAAGUAAAUGGAGGUGCUAAGGUAUGGAACUUCAAAAGUAAUAACUACCUAUGAUGCCAGUAUUUUUAUAAAGCCAAAAAAACUGCGGAUAUUUAAAUGUCUCUCGUGUGUGGAUGGACAUUCCUCAUAAACGAAUCAUGUCUCUCUUUUUAUGAUAUUUUUUGUUGUUUUGUGAUUUAUCAUGUCUCAUCACUCUCAGUACCGUUAAUUGUAAUCGGAAAAUAAUGAUACAAAUUUUUAUCCAG